AUGUCUCGGAAAGGGUUGAUGGAGCAGGACUUGAGCAAGCUAGAUGUGACUAAACUUCAUCCACUCUCACCUGAAGUUAUAUCUCGUCAAGCAACAAUUAAUAUUGGUACUAUUGGACAUGUGGCUCAUGGCAAGUCAACAGUUGUUAAAGCAAUAUCUGGUUUCAGGGCAUUCAAUUUCUGCAGACAGUGCGUUUUAAAAAUGAGUUGGAGCGCAACAUUACUAUUAAACUUGGAUAUGCCAAUGCAAAGAUAUACAAAUGUGAAGAUGAACGGUGCCCUCGGCCUAUGUGCUACAAAUACAUUGCUUUUCAGGGCAUAUGGAAGUGGUAAAGAAGACAGUCCUAUGUGCGAUGUGCCUGGGUUUGAGAACUGUAAGAUGAAAUUGCUGAGGCAUGUUUCUUUUGUUGAUUGCCGGUAA